AUGACUAUGACUUCUACGGUGCUCCAACGGCCCAUUCAAGCCAAGCCAGAGAAGAAGGCCUCCUCCAAGUCGACCAGCUCCUCGAGAAGCCGCUCCACGAUGGCCUGGUCCAAUGAGAAGCUGCGCUUCUCCUGCAUAGACAACAUCGGACUCAAGCAGCUAUGGAAGCUGAUUGCCCUGGACACGAGUGCGCCAUCCAAGCAGCGCAGUGCCAUGAUGUUGGAAGUGGAGCAACAGCAGCAGCAGCAGCAGCAAUCGAACAACAAUAACGAGCGGAUACCCAACGAGAACUGCGACUAUUUGAGUCUACAGAGAGCGGGCCAGGCGCCGAAGAAUCACAUCCAGUCGCAGGAUCCGGCUCAGAUGUCACUGCUCAAGUUCUUGGCCAUUAAUGCCCUAGAGCUGAGUGCCCCAGCAACGCCACAUCUCCUCCAGCAUCAGCAGGCCCACAAGCAGCCGAAGCCACAGGGCUGGAUGCAGCUUUCCGGUCACCCAGAGAGCAUUGUUCCCACAUCGACUGGAAUAGUGCGCAAACGGAUCUCAGGACUGGAGGAUAGCGAAGUACAUGCCUACCGACUGAUCUGCAAGGAACCGCAGACCGCUCAGAUAGUGCCCGCCUACUUUGGAAUACAGGAGAUGCAAUCACAGCACUUUAUUGAGCUGCAGGAUCUGCUGGCUGGCUUUCGGGAUCCGUGUGUGAUGGACAUCAAGAUGGGUAGCCGCACCUUCCUCGAAUCGGAGGUCAGCAAUGCCACGCUCAGACCGGAUCUCUACCAGAAGAUGAUCGCCGUGGAUGCGGGAGCUCCCACGCCUGCGGAGCACGAGGCACGAGCGAUCACCAAGCUGCGGUACAUGACUUUCCGGGAGUCCCUGUCCUCCUCACACUCCAAGGGUUUUCGGAUCGAAGCACUGCGUCUGCGCGGACGACCGCCUGUCAAGGAUUUGAAGACCUGCCGAAGCAGUGAGCAGAUUGCCCAGACGAUCGAACAGUUUCUGGCUGCUCGGCGAUCCGUGCAAAAGGAGCUGCUGAAGCGACUGAAGCACAUGCGCCUGGUCAUCGAGCAGUCGUCCUUCUUCGCUCGCCACGAGAUCAUUGGCUCCAGCAUCUUUAUCGUCUACGAUGACGAUCGCGUUGGCGUUUGGCUAAUUGACUUCGCCAAGUGCCGGGAGCUGCCACCUCAGGUGACGGUUGACCAUCGAAGUGCUUGGGCGCCUGGAAACCGAGAGGAGGGUCUGCUCCGCGGAAUGGAUGAGCUCAUCCGCUCCUUCGAGGAGGUCUAUGCCCGCUGUGGCUCCCAUCGCAGCUGCCUUAAAAUUUAAUGGAUGUACACGGAUCGAUUGCACCGGCAGCUGGAUCUGCACCAAAAGACUGAUCACCCAAGCUCCAUU